UGUGUCACAGCUGAAUUGAUGUCAGUACCGCAGAUUUGAACACAUAUCACUACCUGCUUCAUCCAGACCCAAGUUAACCAUGUCACUCACACGGAUUACCGAUCGAAGACGAUACAAGAGAGCGGAGAAAAAGGAGGAAGUGCUCGCUACACGCCUGGAUUUUUUACAUUCGGAUGGCGAGUCUAGUGCUGAUGAUCACGAUGAGCUUCCCUACGACAACAUGGCGUCACCUUUCACAUGUUCUCGGAUACCCAUGGAAGAUCCUUCAUCAGCCUCGGAUUACUUGGAUAUUGAUUUACCUACCACAUCCCCGGACUCUAGUCCCAGAGCUACCCCCAGAAGACCGACCAGACGUGGACGAUUGUCCCCAAUUUCGUUCAACAUUGAUGAAAGUGAGGACCAAGUUGAUGGCGAUUUACCGGCCGUGUGUCAGCCAAGUCCCGCCUUCAAUAAGUUUCAGUCCCCGUGCCCGAUAUACCCUCCCCAUCGAAAACUCCGAUCCCUCAGGUUAUUCGAUGUUCCCCACACACCAAAGACAUUGUUAGAGAAGUGUCAGCGACGAAAGAGGCCUUCACGGAAGUUCAGAACACCCCGACCUCAGCCAGAAAACCGACCCCAGGCCAACAUCAACCCCUUCACCCCAGACAACAACCACCCCGGUUCUGUCUCAAGUUUGAAAAGAUCCAGAUCCGCAUUUGAAAGCAGUGUGCUAGAUGACUCCACAGAAGAUGAGAUUGAUGAUUCUCCCACCCACAAGAAGCUUGCCCUUCAUGAGAUCAACACAUCCCGGUACAACGAGGAAUUUCAUGAGCUCAGCAAACUUGGGGAUGGGGAAUAUGGCAGUGUCUACAAGUGUGUGCAUAGACUGGAUGGUUGUCCCUAUGCCAUCAAGAAAUCCAAAGCACCUGUUGCUGGCAGUGUUUAUGAGCGGAAUGCUAUGAAUGAAGUGUAUGCCCAUGCUGUGUUAGGGAAGCAUCCCCAUGUUGUCAGAUACUACUCCGCCUGGGCAGAAGAUGAUUACAUGUUCAUUCAGAACGAGUACUGUAAUGGUGGUAGUUUGGCCGACUUAAUUGAAGAACGCAGAACCUCUGGAAAAACAUUCAGUGAAGAAGAAUUGAAAGUCAUCCUUUACCAGAUCGCCCAGGGCUUGAAGUAUAUCCAUUCCCAGAAUUUGGUGCACCUUGACAUUAAGCCAGGUAACAUUUUCAUUCACAAAGACCCACAAUACACCAGCUCUCCAGAGAGUGGCAUGGAAUCCUGCGAAGAAGAGGAAGAAGAUGGUGAAGACAGUGUCCUGUACAAGAUUGGUGACCUUGGUCACGUGACCUCUGUAUCUAACCCCACUGUGGAGGAGGAAGGGGACUGUCGCUACCUCCCUAAAGAGCUCCUUAAGGAUGACUAUGACCAUCUCACUAAGGCUGACAUCUUCUCCCUUGGAUUGACUAUAUAUGAAGCUGCUACCCUAGAAGCACUCCCCAAGAAUGGUGACCUGUGGCAUGCCAUCCGGGACGGCCACAUACCUUACCUGUCCCAGUACUCGACCAAGCUGAACUGUCUCAUACAGAAGCUGGUCCACCCAGACCCUUCCUUCAGACCUACUGCCUCCUUCAUUGUGCAGAACUCUGGCCUGUGUCCCAAAUCCAAACUGACCCGCAGCCAGCUGCAGAAGGAACUCCACGAGGAGCGCAUCAAGAACGAGAUUCUAUCGAGGCAGUUGCUAGAAGCUCUUCAAAACCGUGAUGUCCAGCAGAAGCCAGUGUUCAGUACUGUUCCACGACCAUCCAGCCGAUUGUUAGGAUUCCGAAUGAAGCGCAGCACCAGUUUCACAUUGUGAUGACUCCUUGAGAGAUGGAUGCCUGUGAUAAUUCUAUUUAUAGUCAGCUGGACUGAUUGUUAAAGGUGCUUGAUAUACCAUUGACUAUUAUGGUAUGUGGUACAUGUAUACUGUGAUGUGGGACCUCGGGACCAAUGGACAAGGGUGGGGGAAAAGUGUUGUCACAAAAUGUGAAAACACAAUUGGACAUUAUAUUUCAUUCCAAAUGCAGAUCAUGAAGUGGUGCUAUUUUAAACUGGUUAGGUUUGUUAACGGAAGCUUCUUUGUUUCUUGGUGUAAUUUUUGUUCAUUCUGUUUUUCUUUUGCAUAAAGAUAGUGUAGUUAAGUUUCUUUUUAAAGAGUUUUUCAUUGAAAUUUGAAAAAAUGAUGCAACUUCUAUUAACAAACCUACCAUGUUGAUCUUCGUGCUGGUCAUUCCUGUUGAGUGCGAAAAUUUUAUUCAAGGUGCAUAUAUGUAAAGUGUUAUUUUUGUUUUAUGACCAAGACGCAAGCCUGUAUUUAGCUGUAAAAAAUGAGGUUUAUUACUGUAUAAUAUCACUAUCUAUAUUGGUUACUGUGCCCCUGGUACAUAGCUGUACAAGGCAGUUUUUUAGUGCAGAUUUGAGCUAUGCAAAUUAGUUCACAGAUUUUGUUAAGAGAGACCGCGUACU